CCCUAUUGUUAUCGCCGAGCGGAGCCGGGGCAGGUGGUCUGUCCGGUCCGGGCUGUCGCUGCCAGAGCCGCCUCCGCCGUCGGUUCCCUGCUCUUUCCCCUCCCCGCCCAAGGCACGGAGCUGCUAACUGACCAUCUUCCCCUCCCCAGGGGACCUCGGGCUUCGCCCUGCAGCCCCGGCCUGUGCAGAGGGAGGGGAGGAGGCACCGGCGGGCGGGAGGAACCCCUACCCGGUACCUGGUAAAUCCCAUCAGUAGGCCUGGGGUUGAAGAUCUUCCGUUGACACUAGUCCCCUUUCUGUUCUUUGGCUCUCCAUGCGAGCCAGAGACCAAUGGAUGCCAUCGCAAGCGCCAGCCUCAAGAGGAAGUUUGAUGAUGUGGACGUGGGUUCGCCCAUCUCCAACUCUGAUGAUGAAAUCUCCAACAGCGACAGCGCAGACAGCUGCGACAGCGUCAAUCCUCCCAGCUGUACCGGCUUCAUACCAACCUCCAUCUUGAAAAGGCAGAAGCAGCUGUGCAGGAAGAAUGUGCGCUUUGACCAGGUGACUGUGUACUACUUUGCAAGGCGUCAGGGAUUUACCAGUGUGCCCAGCCAAGGAGGCAGCUCCCUGGGCAUGGCCCAGCGCCACAACUCCGUCCGCAGGUACACCCUUGGUGAAUUUGCCCAGGAACAGGAAGUGAAUCAUCGAGAGAUCCUCCGAGAACACCUGAAAGAGGAGAAGCUGCAUGCCAAGAAAAUGAAGCUGACGAAGAACGGCACAGUGGAGUCAGAAGAGGCGGACGGCCUGACUCUAGAAGACGUCUCUGAUGACGACAUCGAUGUGGAGAACGUGGAGGUGGACGACUACUUCUUCCUGCAGCCGCUGCCGACCAAGCGGCGCCGGGCCCUGCUCCGGGCCUCUGGGGUUCAUCGCAUCGAUGCUGAGGAAAAACAAGAGCUCCGUGCCAUCCGCCUCUCACGGGAGGAGUGUGGCUGCGACUGCCGACUGUACUGUGAUCCUGAGGCCUGUGCCUGCAGCCAGGCUGGAAUUAAAUGCCAGGUGGACCGAAUGUCCUUCCCGUGCGGCUGUUCCAGGGAUGGCUGCGGGAACAUGGCGGGGCGAAUUGAAUUUAAUCCCAUCCGGGUGCGGACUCACUACCUCCACACCAUUAUGAAGCUAGAGCUGGAGAACAAGCGGCAGGUGAGCCGAGCCCAGACUUUGGAGGAAGAGCCCCCUCACGGUCCCAGCAACGACUGGCUGGGCACCCAGUCCUCGGAGACGCAGGACUUCCAGGAGUUCAUGGCAGAGAACGAAACGGCAGUCAUGCACCUGCAGACGGCCGAGGAAUUGGAGCGGCUGAAGGCAGAAGAAGACUCUAGCAGCGGUUCCAGCGUGGAAAGCCUUGGCGUGUGCAUCUUGGAGGAGCCCCUCGCGGUCCCAGAGGGAAUGUGCCCCAGCCUGGCCACGCCCAUCCUCAUUCAGGCCCAGCUGCCUCCGGGGUCCUCGGUCCUGUGCUUUACGGACAGCUCUGAGCAAGUGAGCUCAGCUGAGGGUGACCAGCCCUACUUGAACAAUGGGCCUGUCGUGUAUUACCAGGUCGACCAAAGGUCGGUGCUGGGGGUGAAGGGAGAGAGCAAUGCGGAGGAGUCCGAGAUCCCGUCUUGUUACACGGAUGAGAAGGAGCUGAGUGUCUACUCUGUCCCCGUUAGCUCGCUGAUGCCUUGUGGCAGAGCAGCGGCAUCCGAAAGGGCGGAAGCAGGGAAGGCCGCUUUGUCCCUGGAUCCCCUUCCUUCCGAAAGCACUCCGUCUGAAGGUCCCCUGCCUUUCCACCCAGAUGUGCCACAGGACAGCUUGUGCCCCCAAGGAGUGGGGCAGUCCCCAGAGAGAGUCUGUGAGCUGCCUUCCUCAGAAGAACACUCUCUGGGCCCUGCACUGGCAGUGUGACGCACCCUAGUCUUAUCGCAGCUCUUACCCUGAAGUCUAUUUAUUGACAGAGAGGUUUUAUUCCGAAGGCUACGGCCUCUGCAAAUUAUGUAAUAUCGAGGGGAGGGGGAGGGAGGCUACUUUGUACAGGCUCAUUAUAGAAUGAACUAAACCAAGCGCUCAUGGCUGCCUUGAGGGAGAGGGGCUGCCUCCUGCGGAUCGGUGGAGGGGGAGCGAGCUGUCAACGCUGGAGUCGCUGGACCAUAUACAGGGAUAAAGGGACAGUCUCGAUAGAACUCCCCCCGUGGCGGAACUGCAGGGAGGUUUCCUUGCCCAUUCGUACGUGGACCAAACAUGAAUGUGUCUCUCAUGUAAGCAAUAGAGCGAAGCUGCCUUUUCUUGGAAGCGCUCGAAGUGGGCUGGGGGAGGGGGGGGGCGAGGUCAGCAAGGAGAAGGUUGCUAUAUGAUAUCAAAGGUCUGUGUGUGCGCGUGAAUGUGUGUGCGUGCGUAUGGCGGAGCGUCUCUCCAUCCGGCUUCUCCUCCCGGGCGAAGCUACUGCUGCCACCUCCAUCCGUAUCAUGCUCUCCGUCAUCUUCAGUGCUGUCGUUCUUUGGAAACUGUGACCAUAUCAGCUUCAAAGUGCUCAAGCCGGUUGCACAGCCCCUAAAGCUCUACCGCCUCUUUAUUUAUUUGAACACUUGCUGCCCUUCUUUCCCCAGAGGAGCUCUUUUU